CAACCAACCAACUAGUCUUCUGGGCUUGCUUUAACUAGCUUCACUCCCAAGACAGAGAGAGAGAGAAAGAGCAAGCAAAGAUAGAGUUUGCAUUUAACCAGAGAAGGGGAAUCAGUACUUUAUCUUCUUGUUGGAACUUGCGCUUUCACUAUUUUUAUUUCAGAGUUUAGGUAUAUACAUACAAAGACUGGCUUUAUUUAAUAAAAGUCAGAUUUUUCUCUCUCCCAAGACUGUCUACACUACCCAUAAAUUAAUAUUGCUACAUUAUUAGAUAUAAACUUCCCCUCCACGGUAUAAGGGAGGGAUGCCGCAGUUAAACGGCAGUGGCGACCCAGAGUUGGGUGCGAACGACGAGAUGAUUUCGUUUAAAGACGAAGGAGAGCAAGAGGAGAAAAUCCUGGCAGAGAUCAGUGGCAGCGAAGAACGGGAUCUGGCGGACCUCAAGUCAUCGCUGGUCAAUGAAUCGGAGAUCAACCCGGGCAGCGGAGACAGCGGCGGUAGCAACUCGCGGGAGCCCGAGGUGGGCAGACGAUUGCAGGUUAACGAGGAUGGCUUUCGGGAUAAAGUACGCCGUCCGGGCACCGAGGAGGGGAAACGGCAGGAUGGAACGAUGGGUCCGGCCUUCUGUGGUUACCAGCCCAGCUACAUUAUGAUCCCUAACCUUAGCAAUGAGCCGUAUGUGAACAACGGCUCCCUCUCCCCUCCGGGCGCCAGAACGUCAAAUAAGGUACCUGUUGUGCAACCAUGCCACGCAGUUCACCCUCUCACCCCUCUCAUCACAUACAGCGAUGAGCACUUCACGCUGGGAUCUCAUCCGACACAAAUCCCCACAGACACCAGCUCCAAGAGAGGCAUGCACAGACAUCCCCCAGGUCCUGAUAUCCCCACCUUCUAUCCCUUGUCUCCAGGUGCUGUCGGACAGCUCACACCUCCUCUCGGCUGGUUUUCACAUCCCAUGGUUCCUACCCACCCCGGUCCUCAUACAACUGGAAUUCCUCACCCAGCCAUUGAGAACCACCAAAUCAAGCAGGAACCCAUUCACAAUGAGAUUGAACUCAUGAACACAAAACCUCAGCAUGAAACGAGGAAAGAGCAGGAGGCCAAGAAACCUCACAUCAAGAAGCCCCUUAAUGCCUUCAUGUUAUACAUGAAGGAGAUGAGAGCAAAUGUGGUCGCAGAGUGUACACUGAAAGAGAGUGCAGCCAUCAAUCAGAUCCUUGGCAGAAGGUGGCAUGCUUUGUCUCGUGAGGAGCAAGCCAAGUACUAUGAACUGGCUCGAAAGGAGAGGCAACUACACAUGCAACUUUACCCAGGCUGGUCUGCAAGGGAUAACUAUGGAAAGAAGAAGAAGAGGAAACGUGAAAAGAUGCAGGAAACCACUUCAGGAAAACAAAACACAUUCGCGACGUGCAAGAUGAAAGCAGCAACACCAGGCCCACUUCUAGAGAUGGAGGCUUGUUGACAGCUUGUCCACAAAUGAUCUUGCCAAACAACAUGCUACUUGUAUUUACUCUCAGUCUGGAUUGUCCUGUUAAGAUCAGCUACUAAAUGGAAGCUGGAUUUGGACCCACAUCGAGAUUAUACAUGGCCUGUACAAGAUGCAAAAAGGAAAGAGAAAUAACUGUAGGCAUCAGACUCAGAAAUUUGGCCCUUGGGGUUUUCUUUUUGCUGAACAAAGAUAUGUAGAUAGAUUUAGUUUAAUUUUGCUCUCUUCUGAACUAACAGCUGUUUUCCCCUCAAAUAUUACUUUACAUAUUAUUGUUCUUAUGUGUAUAUUUUCAGUGAUAGUCAUUUAAAAAUACAUUUAGAGAUCAUGAAAGAUUUAGCCUGAGGGGAGUUCAGAGGAAGACAGUGUAUGUAUAAACUGCUCUGAGCUUCCGUACAGUGUACGAUAGAGCCCAGUCAGUGCCGGGGAAUCUCCACCUUAGGUGGAAAAGCUGUGCAAGUCCUGGAAAAAAUGGCUUUAAAAAGCAACACUGAAUCUCUGGUGCUUCCCAAGGUGAGCAAGCUGGAGGAACCAUAACAAAAACUUUACUCACAUUACAAGUCAUCACGUGGGAUUCAGAAAGUAUUGAUAUUUGUAGGGAACUGCAGACCUUUAAGCUAUAGUAUGUCAUCACACACUGGUGUUUUAAAAACUCAGCACUUAACUGUUGCUACAUUUUUCUGAUCCUCCUUUUAUGUUAUGUACUGGUCACCUUAAGUUGUAACUAUCUACUGGUUAGAUCUUAGUGUCAUUACUUUUUUGUCAAUAGAAUAUAUCUGGUGCAAUGUAAUUGAUUAUGGUAUGACGGGUUGAAGCCAUUACCUUUUUUAAAAGAAAUGUCAUAAUGGUCCAAACCUUUUUUUAAUGUAUGAAAUUUGCCAAAUUCACGUAUGUCACAAGCUUUUUUGAUUUUUUUUGUGGAAAGAUACUGUGCCAUUAUCUGUAACCUCAAACUUGUGGAACAAACUAAACGUUAUUCGAAUAGCACAUGUGACUGAACCAAUAGACUGCAUAUUUCACACACGCGUUCUUUGCAAUUAUCAAGAUCACAUUGCAAAUUUGUGUCAAUACCAAGGAAGGGAAAGGAAAUUUGGGGCAGUAAUGGGUUCUUAGGGGCAGUACACCACUAGUUACUGUGAUCUGCCUUCCCAGGAUACGCAAAGCCAACCUAUUAAAGGAUGAAAUCUUCCUUGAGUUUCAAUUGAAUCUACAGAAUUAACAUUUGACUUUGGGUAAUAGCAGCUCAGCCACUGUCACACUUCUCUCCUAAUGAAGGGUUGGCCAUUUGAUAUUAUCAUAGAGACCUCAGUUUUAGCUAAGGCGAUCAUAUCGUAAUACAUAAUCCACGAUAUUUUAAGAUUCCUGUUUUGGAAAAGAGCCAUGUAUUGAGUAACAUUAGUGUAGAUUUUAAUUUAUAGUGGGGUUGGGUAAUAAGGAGUAGCGGAUCUGCAUAUGUCACGAAGUAGACUCAAUUUAAUUUUCCUUACAGUGGAUAUUCAGGCAGCCAAUUAGUCACCAUCCAUUUUCCACCUCAACCUUUAGUUAACGUCUAUCCCAGCUCUUCCCAAUAUCUCAGUAGAAGUUGGAGUCACAAAUAUAAAAGGUGGAGUUUCAAAGAUACUCAACACUAUAAUAUUAGCUUAUUAUUUUUUUUUUCACCUGACCAGCUAACUGGUUUCCUAUUGGUAUAAUGCUGAAAACUUCUGUUCAACAAAUGUUUUAAGUUGGCUUAGUCAGAGAGACAUGGAGCACUACAGUACAGAAAUAGCUGUGCCAAAGUUAUUCUGCCUAGUCUCAUCGACCUGUGUUUAUGCAGAAUAUCAAAUGCUAUAACUCUUAUCACCAAUACUGAAGCUCUGAACUUCUUAAGAGGUCUUCACUUUUGUCAUUCUGACUGCUUUUGAACAGUGGAAGGCCACCAAGUUCCUGCACUUUCCCUAACAGAUAGAAUGAGAAAGCUGCCUACGGAACCUAAUCUGGUUAAACCUGACACUGGUCUGGUGACUAUAUUCAUUCUAAUGGAGAGGGGCAGAGGUAAUUCACAACUAAAGACUGUCAAGGGUUCCACUUUUAGUUGGUAAGUCAAAAAAUACACAAUAAUCACUUAAUGCUUCACAGUAUUGUAAUGAAUAGGAUCAAAAACACAUACAUUGAUAAAAUAGUAUAAUUAUUAAAAGCGCAGAGAAGAAAUGAGUUCUGCUGUUCGUAUGAAUUAACAUUUGUAUGUAUGUCAGACUUUACAGAACAUUUUCAUAUGUACGGCUGUUCUUAACCUGGGGAUGAUCUGUAAUUUACAUUGUAUUGAUACUUAAGGAACUUCAAACGUAUUUAAUUGUUUUAAGUGUUUUUGUAUAAUUUUAAUAUGUUUCGGAAUUGUAUCAGCUUUGCUUAACUUUGAAUGCCAGAAACGUUCACAAACAUUCAAGUUACUUAGCAGCUUUGAUGGUGAGACACUGCCAACUGUCAAAGUACUUAUGUAGGA